GAGCGCGCGAUUGUCAUCGCCACCGACUACACCUAUAUGGUCGUCUCCAGCACCGCGCCGUAAACCCUAUCCCCGCUCCCCUCCCAGAGCCCAGGCUCUCACCGACAUUCCUCUCCUCAUCCCUUCCUCUCCUCAUCGCGUUGCUCGUCGACCGCUGCCUCCCCGAGCUCCAGGCCGCCGCGGCCGCGCACGUCCACCUUUCCGGAGACGGCACGGCGUCACCUGGGUUUGACGCUUCCUCCGGGUCGCCGAGUCUGCUCGAGUUCGUCCGCGCGGACGUCGACAGCUGGAUCUAGUCCGAUUCUGUAUCUCGCGCGCUCACUGAGGGAACCGCCGGGGGCGCGGUGGGACGAGGCGCACAUUGCGGUGUUGCAAACAGGCCACCACGUCGACGUCUCGGGCAGCGGCGGUACGGCGUGGGGCGCAGACACGUCAGAUGGGGCAUCAGGGAUGAGGCUAUGUCCCCUUCAGUGACAGUUGCUUGCCAGGGAGGACAGCGGAUUCGACACGCAUGGGCGUGGCUCCUCCGUACCUCUCGGGACCCUGCGACGUAUCUCGUUUGCGCUCCUAAACGUCGAUCACUACGUCUUUCAGCGAUAGAUGUGUGUCUUAUAACACUGGACCCGCAUAUUUGCAGAUACGUGAGGAGUCAUGGAGAGCACACGCUACAUCCCUUCGGCUGAUGCGCUAUCUUACCGUACCAAAGUCUAUCAGUAGAAGCGCGAACAUGUACCUCCGACUCCACACCGGACCAUCUUACAUCUGUCAUGCCA